CUUCUCUCCUUCUUCAUGAUAGACCAUUCCAUCCAUUUUAUCUCUCUUUCCGCCUCUCUGCACCAUCCCGAGCAUCCAUCUGUCGUGGACUCUGCGUGCUGAACUGGUCGGCUUCCCUUUCGGCCCGCCCUCGCCUCGGAGAAACGAAGAGCUCCGGCCACCGCAUCAUCGCCGACAACUGAACCCAAUCAGCCUUCUCGCGUGUCUAUCCUACCAUCCUUCCGUCGCAUCGCACUCACGCACUUGACUUUCGGCUAGAAAUUCUAGCUCAGGAAUCUUACGGCGGUCGCUCGAUUCUCCUCUCCCAUCCUACCUGCGAAACUGUCGAGCUGAGCUCCGGUAAUCCAAGCAAUCAACCUCCCAAGACAGCCCGUCAGCAUCACAAAAUAAUACCACCCACCAUGCGAAUACCAUCUAGCCUCUCCUCGACCCUCCUCUCCUCCGCCUUCCUUCUCCCCAGUCUCGUCACUGUUUCGGGCUUUGACUGCCAACACAUCAACGUCGACUCAGUCAAGUACGACCUCAGCGCCCUCGGCGGCGUGCACACCCUCUACAACGUCGUUGAGCGUCCGGAAGAGGCCGCCACGGUCAACACGACAUAUGUGCUGAACAUCUGCAACAUCCUGGGGAAGGCCGCUCACCGAGGGCGCUUAAGCUGCGGGACAUCCAAGAACAUCUGCGGCUUCGAAUACACAACCCACACAAACAGCACCAUCGAAACCGACCAACCCUUCCCGAUCGCCGGCCUCGACCCCCUCGGCCACGGCACCAAAGACCCGGAGAUCACCCGCUUAAAGAAGCUCGACCCCGACCGCGAGGGUCUUCUGCUUAAGCUCGCCGGCGGCACCUACGAAGACGCCGCCGGGAAGAAGCACACCGCCGGCGCCGUCAUCGAGUUCCAAUGUGACCCCGACCGGUCGGGGCUGGAGGGUCUCCAGGCGGCCACGGAGGCCGAGAUUGCCACCGUCGUCGCGGGGACGAACCUGCAGACCCGCGACGACGGCGAGCCGCCCAAAUCCAGCAACGGCAGUAGCAGCAACAGUAGUCUCCGAUUCAAGAGCUUCGGCCCCGCCGACGACGAUGCCUACGUGCUGCGUCUGGAUUGGACGACCCGGUAUGCGUGCGACAAGUACCUGGAGGACAAUAAGGGAGAUUCGUCCAGCCACUGGGGGUUCUUUACCUGGUUAAUCAUUCUCCUCUUCCUGUGCAUCGCCGCGUACCUGAUCUUCGGCUCCUGGCUCAACUAUAACCGCUACGGCGCCCGCGGGUGGGACCUCCUCCCGCACGGAGACACGCUGCGCGAUGUCCCCUACCUCUUCCACGACUGGGCGCGUCGGGUGCUGAAUACGCUGCAAGGGUCGGGGUCGCGGGGCGGGUACAGUGCGGUUUAGAGGGGGGUUUUUUUUUUGUGUAUGAUUGUUGGCUUUGAAUCAAGAGAGCGGGAGAAUUCGAGAGCAGGGUUUGUGGGGAAUACACCAAUCUCACCGUCUCUGGCUACCUCUUCGCGAGGACAUUUCCUUUUUCUUUUUGGCUAAGAGAGGACUGGUUUACGUAUGCAUUACGUACGGACUUGGGUAGUAUAUUAUGGGAGGUGUGUUCUGUGGAGAAAUCAUGAAAUGAAUUGGAGAUCUGGAAUAUGAUAUGAUACAGAUGGAUGGCUUAUUUUGCUUUGGGCCGAUAAGGUUUUUUUUUUGGCUUGAUUAUACGAUUUCUGCGACGGGGCUUCAUGAUGUGGCGGUGCCAGGCCAAACUUGAAUAUUGUAG